GGGGACAAGGGCCAGGGCCCGCCCGGCUCGGGCCAGAGCCAGCAGCACAUCGAGUGCGUGGUGUGCGGGGACAAGUCGAGCGGCAAGCACUACGGCCAAUUCACCUGCGAGGGCUGCAAAAGUUUCUUCAAGAGGAGCGUCCGCAGGAACUUAACUUACACAUGCCGUGCCAACAGGAACUGUCCCAUCGACCAGCACCAUCGCAACCAGUGCCAAUACUGCCGCCUCAAGAAGUGCCUCAAAGUGGGCAUGAGGCGGGAAGCGGUUCAGCGAGGAAGAAUGCCUCCAACCCAGCCCAAUCCAGGCCAGUACGCACUCACCAACGGGGACCCCCUCAAUGGCCACUGCUACCUGUCCGGCUACAUCUCGCUGCUGCUGCGCGCAGAGCCCUACCCCACGUCGCGCUACGGCAGCCAGUGCAUGCAGCCCAACAACAUCAUGGGCAUCGAGAACAUCUGCGAGCUGGCCGCGCGCCUGCUCUUCAGCGCCGUCGAGUGGGCCCGCAACAUCCCCUUCUUCCCGGAUCUGCAGAUCACCGACCAGGUGUCCCUGCUGCGCCUCACCUGGAGCGAGCUGUUCGUGCUCAACGCGGCCCAGUGCUCCAUGCCGCUGCACGUGGCGCCGCUGCUGUUGGGAGGCUCCUGUUGCAAAAGGGUGAAUGAAUACUCUGGGUGCAAAGUCAGGCCAGACCGAGGGCUCCUGCCCAAGCAGGGCCACAAGGUUGAAUGCUGGUACCUGGCAAGCAGUUCCUUACCCCCUGCUCACAUGUGUGCUCACUACACAAUCUCCGUUCUCCUUGAGCUUUCUGACUGGGGUCAUUUGGAUUUGAGAGGAGAUUCCAAGAAACCGUUAAGAGCUGCCCCUGAGCUGUGUAUAUCUUCAGGGGCCCUGAACACCCUGAAAUCGGGGGCAAAGGGGGCCACAAAAGUCUUCCCUUUAAUGAAAAAUGGUGAGCAUGCUGUCUGUGGCCCUGCUGCUCGCUGGCUUAACUGUGUGCCCUUUUCCCUGUCUCUUCCUCCUGUGGCUGCCCGGGCAGAUGCCUGUGGCCUGUCGGACGCCGCCCACAUCGAGAGCCUGCAGGAGAAGUCCCAGUGUGCGCUGGAGGAGUACGUGAGGAGCCAGUACCCCAACCAGCCCAGCCGCUUUGGCAAACUGCUGCUGCGACUGCCCUCGCUGCGCACCGUGUCCUCCUCGGUCAUCGAGCAGCUCUUCUUCGUCCGUUUGGUAGGUAAAACCCCCAUCGAAACUCUCAUCCGAGAUAUGUUACUGUCUGGGAGCAGCUUCAACUGGCCUUACAUGUCCAUCCAGUGCUCCUAGGCCUCGGCUGGUUGCGCCCCGCCCCUGCCCCUGCCCUAGAGACUGAGUGACCCCCGGAGGGCCAAGAACUCCAAAGCCUUGGGGACUCUGGGUGCUGAGGGCCAGGCAGGCCAGGUGGUGGGGGGAGGCUGGGGACAGGAGCGGCCCACCCUGCAGCAGCCCCUCUGAGCACGCUGAGCUGCAAACCAGGAGCAAAAGACUGUUUUAGGGUCAGAUCUGUGAGCAUGGUGACAAGGAGAGAAAAAGAUCUUGUGUCUAGUGAGAAAAUGAAAAAAAAAUUUUUUUUGGAAGAGAGGACCAUGAGAAUUUUAAUAAAACAGAAGGAAACUAAUGGACCUUCCAGGAUUUAUUGUGGAUGGCUGUGGAUAUAAUUCUGUACAGAAAACAACACAUAUGGAAGUGGACUGAAUCCUAUGUAGAAACACACACUGAACAUUGUUAUUCAUUUUGUAAAAUACUAGUCUUUAUUUUCAUUUUUUUGUAAAAUUUAAACAUCGUAUGCGCAU